AUGUCGUCUGCGUCCGCAGUGGAACAAGAUGUGGGGCUUGCCAAACGCCUUGCCGCCUCCUUCAGCAGCUCCGUUGAAGAGAGUACAUUGCCGAUGGGCGAGUUGCGGCGCCGCUCCGUUGUUGUCUGCAACCCACUGUGGCGUCACAACGGAGCCUGCAGUGUGAAAAUAAGAUUUGAGCGCCCCUAUGUUAACGGUGGAAGCAGGAGCAGUGGCAGUAGCAGUAGCAGUAGCAAGCAAAACGUCAACGAAGGCCAACACGUUGUGUUGUGUGUCGACUGGGAGGUUGUCUUUGGUCUAUCAUACCCAGCAGAAACGUGCGCAUGGCACCUGAUGGACGACAGGGGCUCGUACUCCUACGCUGAUGUCGCAUGUCGGCGCGCCAAACUGCGGCCAUUCGUUUUGGAGGGUGUGCUGUCACGCAUUGAGGAACUACAGAAGUCCUUUGGUGCCACCUGUGAGGGAAGUGUCGGCACGGAUUCCGGAUACUACGCAUUUUCCAGCCGUGACCCCGCACGCGUGUCAACACGUGCGAUGUCAGAUGCCCCAAACCCCUUGGCGGAGGCUUCACUCAACUUGAAGAAGCAGUGCGGCAGCAGCGGUGGUGGCGGCAACAGCAGCAGUAACAGCACUGCAUCACCGUUUCUGUCAGAGUUUGCCUUCCUCUGUAGCUGGUGGGCGGCGCUGGAGCUGGAUGACGGCUGCAUCAUACCGCCACUCGGAGCUGUGAUGCGAGAUCAUGCCUCUAUGAGCAGCAUGACAGCGCUGGAUGAUGACAACAGCGGCAGCUUCCCACGGCAAGGCCGUGGAACGCAUUUCUUGGAUGAUGUUAAUGGCACAAGAGUGCAGAGGCCAAGGCGUGAUUUUGCUGCGAUUUUUAUGCCGCACGGCGGUGUUCUGGCGUGGGGGCUCUGGUGGUCUGCAGAAGACAACCGAAGUGAUGCGGAAAUGAGUGCUGAGGUGACAGCCGGGUCUGCGCGGAUGCCGUCGUUUAGCACAAUACGAUCUGGUGUGUCGUCGUACCGCACCGGUGGUGCUGUGAACCGAAGUCAUACGGGUUCCACGGAAUCUGCUGAGCCCCAGGGCACCUACAGCCAACAGCAGCAGCGACCCCGCCAGAAGUGUCAAGCACUUCGCAUGACGACUGCCCGCGGCGGCGGUGUUCCUGGGACAGUACUGCCCUCCGUACUGGUGGCGGCAAACAUCCUGCACACAGAGGUCUACCAGCUCAGCGACGUCUGCCUCUGCGAUGACGACCCCUGUGAGGCUCUGCGCAAAAACGCUCGUAUUUGUCGGGAAGGAAAGGCGCUUCGUGGGGUCUCUACGGCGCUUCGUGUGUUGCGCCACAUUGUGAAGGGCGCGUCACCGCACGCGACGUCACUCUACGCGCUGCAGCUCGCGGCACCCGCCUUGCAUGAAGUCGUGAAGGCGAUGCAAGCGCAGCGGCAGCCGUUUUGGGCGGGAGUUGCCAUUUGCUGCCUCAUGCUGCCUGCCAUACUGAGCGACCGGCCGCUUCUGCUCGACCUCGCCCCGCAUCUCAUUGAUCCGGUGGAGUGCUACCGCUGCGUGACGCUGGUCGCAACAGUGUUCUCCGUUGUAGGCGCUGCCAUCAAAUUUCGUGAGGCGGAAGUUGCGAAGAAGGCCAUUGAAAAUGCGUACCGUGCUUCAAAACUUCCCACGCCUGUUGCUUGUGGGGGUGGGAGUCGGAGUGGGGGUGGCAGUACUACUACUGUUGAUGGUAGCGACGGUUGCAAUAGCAAAAAUAAGAACAACAAUGGAGGCGCUGCCGCACCAGAAGGUCACCCACCGAUCACUGAGUGUGCUGUUUGUGGGCUCCUAUUGCUGCGCAACACAACGCGGCCCGUCACUACUGCCUUUAGUUGUGGUACUGCAGAUAUUGACGAUAGUGUAGGUGGUUGUAGGGUGUCGUUGCGCUUCGCCUCUGAGGACGGGUGCCUAACUGUUCAGUGUGCCCGCUGUGGGCAUGGCGGUCACCUCGCCCACAUCAUUGCAUGGUGGGACGAUGAGAGUGUGCGCUGCUGUCCCAAGGGGUGUAACUGUCUUUGUAUCUACUGA